UAUAAAUUACCAAAUCCUUGAAUCUCUCCACGCGCUUAACGUAUGUAGUAAUUUAUGACAUCAUUAUUACAGUUGAAUAUAAACUUAUAUGUUUUAAGAUCUGUCGUUUCAUAUAGUAAAUAGUCAUAAUUAUCUAGGUAGAGUCUAAGUGACAAUGGUGACAACUCGCUCCCAGAACAAGACCCACGAGCCAAACUCUGGCGAAAAGCGGUCCCAUAGCGAGGCCACAACAACUACGCAAGCACAAGAGCCAGAGACAAAGCAGAAGAAAACCGAAUCUCAUAAUAGCACCGAGGAAAACAAAAAUGAAGGCGACGAAAAUGUGUCAAAUUCCAAGAUUCGCCAGUUGAUCUCUCAGUAUGGAGAGCUACCACUUAGCCAGACGGAUUUAUCUGAUCCGGAUAAACCGACCCCGGAUACUGUCCUCGCAUUGCUACUAAAUGCAAUUCUGUCCUCGUCGAGAAUCUCUCAUGCAUUAGCUGCUAAGACUGUCAAUCUAGUGAUCAAGGCUGGAUAUCACAAGCUUGAUGUCUUGAAGAAAAGUAGCUGGGAGGAAAGAACUGAGAUCCUGACUAAAGGCGGCUAUGCACACUACAGAGAAAAGACAGCAACUAUGAUGGGAGACCUUGCUCAACUCGUCGAGGAUGAGUACGAGGGCGAUCUGAACACAAUCCUCGAACUCACUUCUGAGGACCCGACAAAGAUCAGGGCAGAACUCAAGAACAUCAAGGGUUUAGGCGAUGUCGGUAUUAAUAUAUUUUUCGAUACAGCGCAACAUAUCUGGACCUGCCUGGCGCCUUUUAUAGACCCGCGAAGCUUGAAGACGGCGGAGGCGAUUGGAAUUGGGGAUGACGUGCACGCCUUGUGGACAAAGGUGUCUGAGGACCCGGAACAAAUGUGCAGACUCGCUGCCGCACUGACAAAGCUGAGGCUGGAUGGGAAAGAGAAGGAGUUCAAAGAUUAAAGUGGCUUGGACAUGCGUUCAACUCUGUCUGAGGUUGGUUUAGUGUCUAAGAGUUGUUGGGAAUGGGAGUAUUUUAUAUCCGCAUCUUGAAUGUUAUAGUGUGGGCAUAACGAAUAGGGGUUGAAGAAACACUACCAUCAAGACUCUGAAUGAUGUGUUUAUAAUCAUGGAAAUUCACGGAUUAUAUCUUAUGAAAUAUUACCUAAAUCAACCACACAGCGAUCUUCUAGCCGUUGAAGAUUUAGUUGAGAAUCAGUAUACGAUACUCUAAAGGAAAACCCC